UUCUUCCUCAAAACACAAAUCCUCAUAUAGCCAUAGUUCCAAAGAAGGUGCCUGGGCCCACACAUUCCAAUUAUCACAUAUUACUCUAUUGAAAAAACUUGUUUUAAGUCCCAAAAAAUAGAUGAGCAACAUAAAGACAUGAACAAAAUAAAAACAACCAAUUGCAUCCUUUAGACAGGUUGCCAAUGUAUACCCUGAAUGUAAGGGGAAAACGUGGCAUAAAUGCAGUUUUAGGGCCCUUUCAUACUAGGGAAUUUCCAAGCGGAGAAAUUCUGCUUGGAAAUUCCGGUGCAGCGGAGUCUCAUUGCUAUUAAUGGGAUUCUGCUGCACAGUGCAUACUUUGGAAUUUCAAUGGAGCUGAAAGAAUGAACAUGUUUAUUCCUUAGGCGGAAUACAGAGCAGAAUGCAAUGGCGGCAAUGGGGACCAGCAAUGUCCGAGCAGUCCUAACUCCUUAGUAUCUCCUCCUGGAGUUUAUCCGGAUGAAGAUUCUAUAGUGAGCACGGAGCCUUAGGACAGGUCUGAACAGGAAUAUGGAAGCCAUCAUGUGGUUUGAAAAGGAAAAUGGUGACUUCUGCCACCUUUCUUCCAAGGCUAAUCGAGGCCCUUCAGCGCAGAUUUCUAAAGGGUUCUUACAAGUGCCUAAAGGAAAAAACUUCUCUGUGGCUAAACCUCAAGCACUUAGGAAGGCACUGGGAAACAUUAACCAACAUGUCCAACCCAAGAAAUCUGCUUCAAAAAAGGUGGUCAAAAAGGAUAACUUGGUGAAGCAAAGGGGUGAGAAGUAUCCUGAAAUAGAGAAAUUCAUUCCAUAUAACCCUCUAGAUUUUGAAACCUUUGAUGUUCCUGAAGAACAUAAGCUCAGUGACCGCUGUCUUGCUGGUGUUCCGCUCUUAGUUUUAAGGGAUGACUCAAAUAACGCUGAAGCUCUUGACCGUCUUGUGUUUUCACCAAUGGAAAUCAAACCAAUAAACUAUGAUUCCUUUGAGAUCUCCAGCCAUCUGUUUGAAGACAUCACUAUUGACUUACCUAAUCUAUGAUUUUUUUAAAUGUAAAUGUCUG